AUGGCGACUCUAAACCUCCCUGAGAAACUCCACCUCCUCGCGCGCAAAGAGGUCUCCGAACACCUUCGGGCUGCCCUUACUAAAUUCUCUCACUUAGACGUAACGUCUCAUAUUCUAACCACCGUUCAAUCCGGUACUUAUCCGGCUUCAAUUUUCAAUAUCUGGCUUUGUGUGUCGCCAAACCCUCUCACCAUUCUCUCCGGCCUUUCUCAGACGUUUUCUUCAUCAAUCCGUAAAAUCUCCAUAAAAACACUGUGGAGACAUCUCCGUUCCAAUAAGCUUAAAAAAUGGAGAAAUAUGUGGGAAGGCGUCGGUGGCACUCCAGGACUUCUUAAAAUCUUUUCAGAAGCUUCGGCUGCGGAAGUAAAGCUUCUGUGUGGGUGUGUUUCGUGGAGUACUAGAAUUUCUGAUCCGCCUCAGAAAAGGGAGGCAUGCACCGAGUUCUUUAAAUGUCUUUUCUCUCCAAGGUUUGAAGAUGCGGAGUGGAAGAAUCCCGAUGAUAGGAAGUUGGACGGGUUUUAUGAACUUAUUGGGGGGGCUUGUACGACGGAAUUUAUCGAACAACAGGCCAAAACGGAUGAUACUGGUUAUGACUGGAAAGAGAUCAGAGAUAAACUGGCUUGGAAGGUCUACAAAGGGUAUUUUGAGUAUGCGAGGUUACAAGCUGAUUUAGAGGAUUUCCCAAGAGCAGACGAAUGGCUUAGUCUAUUCGUUGAGCUAUAUCCCAGUUUCAAAACGACAGCGGAAGAGGCGCCUCUAGCAGUAACAUUCUCUUCAGACCUAUUGGAACGGACCAAAAAGGAUAAAUGGCAGUCCGAUAUUCGCAAAACAAAACCGAUAAGAUACUCUAAAAACUCCAAAUCCUUCGUGGAGGGAAUAAUAUACCCUCUAACCCGACGAGCUUAUAAGACGAGACCUUCGUUGGAAAUGAUAAAACAAAUACUUGAGCUGUCGCUCACUCACUUUGAAGAAAAUAAAACGGGGCCCGCGACACUAAAACGAGAAACUCAUGAUUUAUUGGAUUUGACACUUUUUGCGUGGACUACCGCACCGGAAACAUUUGAAGUUCAUCUCCGAAAAUUCAUCAAGCUUUAUCGUCUGGACGCGGGCGCGGGUGCAUAUGGCUAUAGCCCAUUAAUACUCAGGGUUCCGAUGUCAUUCCGCUACCGACUCCUUCAGAUAUGCAUGAUAGAAACGAAGGGUUUGGAUAUAAACCUCAAAUCCGAUCUUAAAAAUUCCGGUAUCUUGAUUAGUCAACGGGCACUAGAACUCUUUCCGGCAGAGGUAGUGUUCGACCUCUAUAGCCGCCUCAAAGAAGUCACCGGCAACAUGAACUUUUUGAGUACGCUCAGUCCUAGUCCCAUCCUUGGGCUUAAGCAAGUGGAUAAUCAACUUGCCGACCCAGAUAUUUGGCAAAUAUCUCUCUUGCACAAAACGGCCAGACAGGCGGAAGCCGAUGAGUUAGCACUAAAAUGCUUCAAUGCUAGAAAAGCGAAAGCCAUGGCUGGCUCGACGCCGCAGAUUCGAUCUCAGAGGGCGAAGGAGGCGGUUUAUUAUACAGUUGCUAGUGGAUCGCCCGCCGUGCAUAUGAAAAGCAUCGAGUGGAUUCUUCAGCGAUUCAUCAGAGACUUUUCAGUGGUUUCGGCUAUCUUUGGGGAGUAUAGCAAAGAAGCAAAGGCUUUGGUUGUUGGAAUUCCCGGGGACCUUGAGAUUUACUAUAACCUCGACAGUCUUUCGAAGCGGAUUUCGGAAAGCCAUGAGCUCUUGGAAGCCAUUUUCGAGAAUAUGUUUGCUGCGGCUAAAGAACCUUCUUUUAAUCUUGGGACUUGGAACGCUACUCUAGGACUCGUCCCCCAUGUUAUCCGACAGCGAAUGACGCUCUCGGACAGGGUGCAGAGAGCCUUGGGUAUAACAAACGAUAAUGUUUUUGAUAUCCUAUGGGCUGGUCUGGUAGAUUCGGUUGUUAAGGUUGAAAGGAAAGGGUUGCAGCCGGGGUAUGAAAAGUUAGGAUUGAAUACAAUUCGUGGGGUCCUCGUUUAUGAAUCUCAAAACCCUCAUCGCCUGAAGUUGAAGGACUCAGAUGUGCCGCCGUCGACUUACAAGUUUUUUGAUGAGCUCGCGAAGGCGAGGGAUGAGAUGUGGAGGGAGUUUAGGAAGGAAAUUGGUGGAAUUACCCUUCCUAAAAUAUUUCCGAAGGGGCUUCCUAUCCAGGCCCUGACUUGGCCGUAUACGUUGGCGAGUUCGGAGUUGGAGCUUUCUGCGCCUUAUGUAUAUAAACGGGCGCAGCAGGCGGUAUAUUUGCAGGAGGGCGCCGAAGAUACUAUUUCCACUGACGAGGAAACAUGGUCUUCAAUUGGACUAUCUGUGGAUGACUUUGGCGCUGCUCUCCGAAUUUUGGUACCUCAACAUCUCAACUUCGUGGAAAAGAAGGCGCGGUUAAAGAAGGUACUCCAGCACGUAGUUAAAAAUGUUAGCGGACGCUUGGAUAAGGCCGAGGCAGCGACGUUCUGGAAACAGUACAUCUCUACAAAGAGCUGGGAUUAUGCUUGGGACGGUGAUAAGUAUACUGCUACAGUUCAUCGAAUCUUAGACGAGGAGGGCCUAGAUCUUUGGCCUGUUGUUCCUGAUAGCAGUACAGAGGAAUGGAAUCCUCGCGAAGGGAUUGCGUCUUCGCCACUUCGGGAAUUGAAGAUGACAUAUCUCGACCUUUCACUCCACGCCGAUAGUAUGUUUCGAGCCCCAAAGUCCUGGACAGAUGGACCAGCUACCGAAUUGGAACGGUUUACGCCUAGAUUACCGGCUCAAGAUGAGAUAUGGUCAAGAAACAGGAUUAAGCGCGCAAAAUACAACCCUGCUAUCCGAGAAGGUCAAAUACUAGCCGCUAUUCUCUAUUUGAAAGAAUAUUUCGGUAUCGAAAAUUCUACCAUACCCGAGUUUCCGGGGCGGUUUACACCUUCAGUUCCGGUCAAGAAAUCAUUCCAACCAAAAACGGCGAUAGUUUUUAACUCAGUAAUCGAGGUUUUAACUGCUCAUGUUAAUUAUAUACCUCCUGUUCUUCUUCAAGAACUUACUGCCGCUGUGAUACAGACUACCGAGGAUGUCCCCACAAUUGUCAAAUUCAUUGGGUUACUGACUGGGAGUGAUACUCCAUCCCUAGCGUCAUCAUUUGCAAUAUCUACGGUUCUAAAAUACCCGAACUCCAGUUCGUGGCAUAGACAUCUACUACAGAUUCCUUACUUAUCAAGUCUCCCGAAGCCAAAGGCUUCAGAAUGUCUUAUCGAGUUCGGGAGGGGUAUAAUCUCAAUUCUAGAGGAAAAUGAGAAAGAAAAAGAAAAGCAAAGAUCCGAGGGCAAGGAGGCAGGACAAGGACAACAGUCAUACGUGAAAAUCACAACAAUCAAGCAAAUCUCAGCACUCCUUACACACUCCGCCAUAUCUCCAGCUACAGCAGUCGAGAUAUUGACUCUACUGUCAGGAAGGUGUACACACCGCGAUAUCAGACAGUCGAUAUUAGAUUCCUUGAUGAAGCUGUUAACUGAAUGUACCGAUGAAGGCUUGGCGGAUAAGGUCUUAACUUCAUUAGAGUUUAUCAUUCCGAUCGCUGGGAAUCUUAACCCUUCGGCACCAAUCAUUGAGCCACUUUGGCUAGAAGCAGAGGAGAAGAAGGACGUUGGGAUCCUAGGGAUUAAUAUCGAGGGUGUUAUGGGCAACAUGUUGUUAAGGACUAUCUUUAUGAAGGCGAUUGCAUCGGUGACGCAUUUUAGGUGGAAGAAGGUGUUUAUUGUCAGAAUUCUGGUUAAAGUGAUUGAAGAGUUGAAAUGCCAAACGAAAAGAUAUCUAGAUAUCUUCUUAGGAUCACAUGGAUUUGAAAGGGAAGAGAUUGAAAACAUGGGAUUGGUUAUUGUUCCGGGCUCAUGGUCUGCAUGGUAUGAUGUUUGCGGAGGUGCAGGAUCUGAAGGUGGGGUUUUAUGUCCCAGAAGUAUACUUUGCGAAUUCGCGGAGUAUGAAGUUUUUAGGGUGUGGUUACCGAAGGGAGCGGUGGAGUUUGGAAAGAAGUUGAAGGAGAUGAAGAAGGAAGAGAGAGAAAAGCCUGGGGUAAAGUUUUGGGAAGAACAGUAUGGAGUUCAUGUACCAACCUCAGGGGGGCUAGGGAAGUUGGGCACUUUGAGGGCGAGGAAGGAGACCUUUGAAAAAAUGGGGGUUGAGGAGGAGGGAUUGAAGGAAGAGAUGAAGAGGUUUUUGGAGGAGGGAUUGUAUUUCGGGGUUUGA